CCGAUCAUUCAUGAACACUUGUGAAUGUGAUUGAUUCAUUCAUUGAAUCAUUGUUUCAAACACAACAAACACAGCAAUGCCAAUUCCCACCGCCAAAUUGUUUCUAUCUCUUCUCACUCUCUCUCUCCUCACACUCUCCGUCACCGCCCGCCCCUACGUUCUUGUCCUCUCCCAGGAAGACUUCAAAGACGAUGUCCCCUCCGAUCCCGACUCCGCCGCCGAGUGGGACGAGUUCGGCGACUCCGACUCCCACAAAUCCGAAGAGGAUCUCGACCCUGGCUCAUGGCGCCAAAUCUUCGAACCCUCUUCCACCGACCCCCAACCCCAAUCCGAAACAGACGCUCUCUACUACUCCGCCGCUUCAAAGCUAAUGUCCGGUGACGCCCGUUUAAUUGAAGAGGGCUCCGGCGAAAUCGAGGCGGCUUCUGAAUCUGGCUACUCGGCUGCCCAAUCAGUAUUAGGGUUUCUAUGGGGAAUGGGGCUUUUGAGAGAGAGAAGCAAAGAGAAAGCUUUUGUUUACCAUCAUUUUGCUUCUGAGGGUGGCAAUAUGCAAUCCAAAAUGGCUCUCGCUUAUCUCUACACUCGCCAAGACAUGUUUGAAAAAUCGGUUAAGCUUUAUGCUGAAUUGGCAGAAGUAGCUGUAAAUAGUUUUUUGAUUUCGAAAGAUUCUCCGGUGAUUGAACCUGUUAGGCUACACAAUGGAGCUGAAGAGAACAAAGAGGCACUCAGAAAGUCCAAAGGGGAAGAGGACGAAGACUUUCAGAUUCUGGAGUACCAGGCACAGAAAGGGAAUGCUGCUGCCAUGUACAAAGUGGGACUCUUUUACUAUUUUGGGCUUCGUGGAUUGAGGCGUGACCAUUCCAAGGCACUCUCCUGGUUCUUGAAGGCUGUUGAGAAAGGAGAGCCUCGUUCUAUGGAACUUCUCGGAGAGAUAUAUGCUAGGGGAGCUGGUGUUGAGAGAAACUAUACUAAAGCUUUCGAAUGGCUUACUCUUGCAUCUAAACACCACCUCUAUUCUGCUUAUAAUGGGAUUGGUUAUUUGUAUGUCAAAGGCUAUGGAGUAGACAGCAAGAAUUACACUAAAGCAAAAGAGUAUUUUGAAAAGGCUGCUGAUAACGACGAGGUUGGUGGCCAUUAUAACCUGGGUGUCAUGUACCUCAAGGGAAUUGGAGUGAAAAGAGAUGUAAAGUAUGCAUGUAAAUUUUUUAUAGUGGCUGCCAACCACGGUCAACCAAAGGCUUUCUACCAGCUGGCUAAGAUUUUUCAUCUUGGUGUUGGGUUCAAAAAGAACGUUCCCUUGGCUACUGCUCUAUACAAACUAGUCGCAGAGCGAGGUCCUUGGAGCUCUUUAUCCAGAUGGGCACUGGAAUCAUACUUAAAAGGUGAUGUUGGCAAGGCAUAUAUGCUGUACUCAAGAAUGGCUGAGAUGGGCUAUGAAGUGGCACAGAGUAAUGCUGCUUGGAUUCUUGACAAAUAUGGAGAACGAAGCAUGUGCAUGGGUGAAUCUGGAUUGUGCACUGAUGCAGAAAGGCAUCAGCGGGCACAUUCUUUGUGGUGGCAAGCUUCUGAGCAGGGUAAUGAACAUGCUGCUUUACUGAUUGGAGAUGCAUAUUACUAUGGUCGGGGAACAGCCCGGGAUUAUGAGCGAGCUGCUGAGGCUUACAUGCAUGCUAAAGCGCAAUCUAAUGCACAAGCCAUGUUCAAUCUUGGAUACAUGCAUGAGCAUGGCCAAGGACUUCCAUUUGACCUUCAUCUAGCCAAGCGUUACUAUGAUGAAGCUCUUGAGCAUGAUCCUGCAGCUAAGUUGCCCGUCUCACUGGCUCUUACAAGCUUGUGGGUUCGGAAGAACCAUGCUGACAGUUUACUGGUCCACAUAAUUGAUUCUUUGCCAGAUGUCUAUCCAAAACUAGAAGCUUGGGUAGAGAAUGUGCUUUUGGAGGAGGGAAAUGCCACAAUUCUUACCCUCUUUGCGUGCCUCCUAACUGUGCUGUAUCUGCGCGAGAGGCAACGAAGGCAAGCUGCUGUUGUAGCUGGUGAGGUCGCUCAGCCAAAUCGCCCUAACGAGCUUGGUAUGCCUGCACUCAUCUAGGUCAUGCUACCACCAGUUUCGCAAGAUACAAAGACCGUCGUCAAUGGGGUCGAUUUCAUGUGCAAUAUAUUUUAUAGGGUGUCAGGUGUUACUUUUAGGUAGAAACAGGUUUUUAGCUGUAGGCCAAAUUGUACAAUAGAGAACUUAUAGUGGUGGGAAUAAGUGCAUUUGUAGAUAUCCCUUAUUUAUUUUGUAAGGUAGGAGGAACAGGAACACGUUACUACACUUGAUUGCUUAACCCAAGAGAUGUGAGCAAAAGUGAAGAUGCAUACAGUGUUGUGCAAUUUUUUUGUAUGGAAAUUUGACGAGAACUAUAAUCUUCUCGACGUGGCGCCUGUUAAAAUUGAGGUGGCCUUGCUUUCUUACUUGAACUUUGUGAUAUUGAAAUGAAUGUUGGUCAGACAUCUUUCAAGUGAGAAA